UCAGAUAAAGCAUAUUCCCCCUCCUCAACCCCAAUAUCAUCAUCAUGAUAAGCAUCAAGCAACUAGCUGAAACACGUGGCGACCUCACUUCCAUCCCCACCGCUUACAACUUCUGUACUCUCAAUAACGACAUCCAUCUACCAGUAGUUUCAGAUGAAUUAUAUGAGGACUCUGUCCCUACCAUCGACUUCUCUCUCCUUACCUCCGGUACUCCCGAGCAACGGUCUAAGAUCGUCAAUGACCUUGGCAAAGCCUGUCGAGACUGGGGUUUUUUGGUGGUAAUUAUUAAAUAUGAUAUUGCAGUUGUCUUAGCUAGGGUUCUUUUGAGUACUUGUAUUGGUUUUAAGGUUGAUGAUGAUUAUCAGGUGAUCAAUCAUGGUGUGCCGGAGAGCCUGAUGAAGGACGUUAUGAUUGAGACUUGUGGAGAAUUUUCAAACUGUCGGAGGAGGAGAAGCAGGAAUAUGCAGGGAAGGACAUUUUGGACCCAAUUUUUUAUGGCACUAGCAUUAAUGGUGCAACGACCCAAAGUGUUAUUUUGGAGGGAUUUUAUCAAGUUUUUUGUUCAUCCUAAGUUUCACUGUCCGACCAAACCCACUGGACUUAGGGAGAUUUCAAUGGAGUACAGCAAAAGAACGCGGGAAGUAGCUAGAGGGUUGAUGAAAGGAAUAUCAAUGAGCUUGGGGUUGGAAACCUUUAUCGCCAUUCGUAGCAAUUGGCUUACCUCCUCACUCAGAUCACGGCCUCUUGACUCUUCUUAUCCAUAA